AUGCCUGUCGAAUUUAUCAGCAUCAGCUUCCCCAACGCCUCCAAUGAGAUCAACCCGAUCCCUGGCGCCGGGGUUGACCCCGACUUCCUCGUGCGCUACUCCAAGGCGCUCGACGACUACGGAUUCAACUACACCCUGAUCCCCUACGGCUCCGAGUCAUUUGACCCCUUCACUCUUGGCGCAACAGUCCUUGCCCACACCAAGAACAUCACCGUGAUCAUCGCCCUCCGCCCCAACACUGUCUACCCCACAGUCGCUGCCAAGUCCCUCGCUACUCUAGACCAGCUCAGCAAGGGCCGCGUGGUUGUUCACUUCAUCGCCGGUGGCAGUGACGCCGAGCAGGCCAAGGAGGGUGACUUCCUCAACAAGGAGGAGCGUUACGAGCGCCUCGAGGAGUAUAUCAAGAUCCUCCGUCGCGCCUGGUCAUCGACUGAGCCUUUCGACUGGGAGGGCAAGCACUACCAGUUCAAGCAGUUCGUCAGCCGCGUCAAGCCCACAAAGGGAACCAUCCCCGUCUCGGUCGGUGGCUCAUCCGACUCUGCCUACCGUAUCGGUGGCUCCCUCGCCGAUAUCUUCGGUCUCUGGGGCGAACCUCUCAAGGAGACCAAGGAGCAGAUCGAUCGCAUCUACGCCGAGGCCGACAAGGCCGGCCGUGCUCCCACUGAUCGUCCCCGUAUCUGGGUCACCUUCCGCCCUAUUAUUGCCGAGACAGAUGACCUUGCUUGGGCCAAGGCGCACCGAACUCUAGACGCCCUGAAGGGCAACAGGGAGAAGGGCGUGGGACUCGUCCCUGCUAAUGCCCCUCCUCCCGCCAACGUUGGCUCCCAGCGCCUGCUGGAGAUCGCCGCUCGCGGUGAGGUCCAGGACCGAGCUCUGUGGUACCCUACCGUGACAGCUACCAAUGCCCGUGGUGCGUCCACUGCUCUGGUAGGAAGCUAUGAGACCAUCAAGGAGUCACUUCUUGACUACGUUGAUCUCGGCGCCGACUUGAUCUCUAUCCGAGGUUAUGACAACUUCAACGACGCCGUUGACUACGGCCGAUAUAUUUUACCUCCUGUUCGUGAGGAACUGGCGAAGCGAGCAGCGGAAGCCAAAAAGUAG